AUGUACGAAGCAGGCAGCGAGCAGAUCAACUGCAACGGAGCACUCAUCGAGCUGCCCUCGCUGGAGGUGGUAAAGCCAGCGCCCAAAAUGCCAGCAGAUGCCAACAUCGACUGGCUGCUUCACAUCUAUUUCACACGCCGCCAAUUCGAGCAUUGUCGCCGGCUCAUCGCACGUGAACUGAAUCGACAUUUGAAUGCGGAAUAUCUGUACUUUGUGCAGGGUUUAAUUGAGCGCGAAGAUGGCAAUAACAUUGAGGCGCUGCGCAACCUACAAAAGGCCGCCGAGCUCAACACGCGCAACAUCGAAACGUACAAGGAAAUCGGACGCACACUCUACAGCAUGGGCCGUUUUGGUCAGGCGCUGAGCGUGUUCCGCGAGGCUGAGCAGCAGAGUCCACGCAAGGAUCACGAGAUCUAUCACUAUCUGGGCGAGCUGCUCUAUCGCUCGGCGGCCACACAGCCCCAGCUGGAGCUCGCCCGCCAGCAGCAGCACGAGGCCAGGGGCUACUUUGAGCUGGCCGUGCAGGCGGGCAAGAAACUGGAGAGCUAUGUCCGCCUGGCCGAGCUCUAUCGCAAGGACAAGGACUACCAGAAGGCCAUCGAUGUGCUCGAGACCUGCUUGCACCUGACGCCCGAGAAUGCCGAUGUGCUGACUGAAAUCAGCGUGUUGUACUUGAAAAUCAAUGAAACUCAAAAGGCAUUCGAUCGUUUGGCGGAAAUCGUCAACAUUGAGCGGAACUGUGCGCCGAAAGGUCUGCUCGCCCUGGGCGCCAUUUUGCAGUCGCGCAACGAUGUCGAUGCCGCCUUAAGCAAAUACAGCCAAAUCGCAGACACUGAGCCGGAAAUUGCCGAACUCUGGAACAAUAUUGGCCUUUGCUUUUUCAAGAAGCAAAAGUUCAUCGCGGCGGUUUCAUCGCUACGCAAAUCAGUUUGGAUAUCGCCCCUCAACUACAAUGCGCUCUACAAUCUGAGUCUCAUUUAUAUUGCCUCGGAGCAAUAUGCGAGCGCCUUUCACACGCUCGCCGCGGCCAUAAACCUGCGCAAGGACAACGCCGAGUGCUACAUGCUGCUGGGCCUGUGCUUACGCAAACUGGAGGACUUGGAGAACGCUUUUGUGGCGCUCGAGCGUGCCUGCAGUCUGGCCAGUGGACAACAACAGGGUGGUCAGCGGCAUCCUUUGGUGUUCCUCAACUUUGCGCUCUUCUGCUACGAGACCGGACGCCUGGCCCUGGCCGCCGAGCACUACAACCGUUUCAUGAGUCACGCCCAGGAUCUGCUGCUGCCCACUGAAUUCAAAUUUCAGGCCACCAAAUUGAAGUCCCUGCUGCGCAUCUCAACGCACGGCCAGGGUAUACUGGACGAUGGCGAGGACUCGGUGCGAGCGGAGGAUGCGUCUGGCAAGGAGGAGGAACUGCCCCUGGAGGUGAAUGCCGUGGUCAGCGAGAACUGAAAUGCGAGAACUGAGCAGA